CGUCACACUAUAUAAGCAGGGUUCUGGCAGUUCAGGAGAAGGUGGAGUGCAGGAUUGAGCAGCACACUUAGAUUCCAAUGGCUUCACAGGUACACAGCAAGAAGGGGUCUGAAUCAGUACCUGUGCAUUCUGAGGUACAAGGCAAAACCAUGCCUCAAGAAAUGAUGUCUAUUCCGUCUGACCCCCAGAGUCAGAUAAAGGGUCCGGAGAUCCCAAAGUCACCGGUGGGUCUGCUGAGGAAAAGGGGUAAGGAAGCAAUUCCAAAAAUGCAACCAUCAAUGAUGAUGUUUUCCAGCAAAUACUGGGCACGUCGGGGAUUAUCACUGGAUUCAGCUAUGCUUGAUCAGCAGCACCUAGGAAAUAAUAUGCUUCGUAGGACAUCAUUUAGCCGCAUAGAUGAGAAACCGGACAAGGAGGAUAUAGGCUUGGCUUAUGACAACAGUAAAACUGCUGUGAUUUUCUCUCUGAAGAAUGAGGUGGGAUGUCUGGUGAAGGCUCUUCGGCUCUUUCAGGAGAAGCAUAUCAAUUUGGCCCACAUUGAAUCACGCAAAUCAAAGCGAGUCACCACAGAGAUGGAGAUAUACGCAGAGUGUAGCUGCACUAAAAAGGAAUUCAAUGAGCUGGUGCAGCACCUUAAAGACCAUGUCAACAUUAUCUCAUAUAACACCCCUCAAAAUGUGUGGUCUGUAGAGGCUGACUGUUUGGACUGUGUGUGUGUUUUGGGUGGCUUGCCAGAUGUAGAAGGAGUCCCUUGGUUUCCCCAGAAGAUCUCUGAAUUGGACCAGUGCUCACACAGAGUGCUCAUGUAUGGCUCAGAGCUGGACGCUGAUCAUCCUGGAUUUAAAGACAACAUCUAUAGGCAGAGGAGGAAGUACUUUGUAGAAGUUGCAAUGAAUUACAAAUUUGGCCAGCCCAUCCCACGCAUUGAGUACACACAAGAGGAGGUCAAGACUUGGGGAGUGGUGUUCCGGGAGCUCACUAAACUUUAUCCAACCCAUGCCUGCCGCGAGUACAUGAAAAAUCUCCCAUUGCUCACAAAACAUUGUGGAUACCGUGAGGACAAUAUCCCCCAGCUGGAGGAUGUCUCUCUCUUUCUAAGAGAGAGGUCAGGGUUCACAGUGCGACCUGUGGCAGGUUAUCUGUCACCUAGAGACUUCCUGGCUGGUCUGGCAUAUCGAGUGUUUAACUGCACUCAGUAUAUACGCCACAGCACUGACCCACUCUACACACCAGAGCCGGAUACUUGCCAUGAGCUCCUGGGUCAUGUCCCACUCUUAGCAGAUCCUAAGUUUGCUCAGUUCUCACAGGAAAUUGGCCUAGCUUCUCUUGGAGCUUCAGAUGAAGACGUGCAGAAGUUGGCUACAUGCUAUUUCUUCACAAUUGAGUUUGGCCUGUGUAAACAAGACGGGCAGUUAAGAGCCUAUGGAGCAGGGCUGCUUUCUUCAAUUGGAGAGCUACGGCAUGCAUUAUCAGACAAAGCUGUAGUGAAGCCGUUUGAUCCCAAAACUACAUGCUACCAAGAGUGCCUCAUCACAACUUUUCAAGAUGUUUACUUUGUCUCAGAGAGUUUUGAGGAAGCCAAAGAAAAGAUGAGGGAAUUUGCCAAAACAAUCAGGAGGCCCUUCUCUGUCUACUAUAACCCAUACACCCAAAGCAUUGAUCUGCUUAAGGACACCAGGAGCAUUGAAAAUGUGGUGCAGGAUCUCCGCAGUGACCUCACCACCGUCUGUGAUGCACUGGGGAAAAUGAACAAGUACCUUGGUAUCUAGAAAAACACAAAUUAGUUUUUCCAACACUUUUCUGCUUUGAACUAAAACUCAAACUGCAAAUACAUUAACUAGUUGCUAAUGGUGUUCUUUAUUGUAUAAACUGAACCAAAAUUCAAGCAGAGCUUGGUCUUCCUGUCUGGUGUCUUCAUGCAUUUGCCAGCAUUCAUAGUCAAUUUAUUCAUAUGUGCAUGGCUGCCAUUGCUACAGAAGCUGCAAGACGCAUUUGUUUGUGGUUGCUGAUUGUAAUUUGGUAAUCAUAGUAUUCUAUAAUCCAAUUGCCCAAGUUCCUGACUAGGUUCAACUUCAUUAUGAGAGCGCAAACAGGAAGUUUUAGAUUGAUGAUUCCAGAUGCUAAGGCAGAAAUAUACCCCACUUUGUUCUAGCCAAUUAGCAGCAAAGUCUGCUUCACAGACCCUCUAACUGUCUAAAGUCCAUAUCCAUAUAGAGUCCACUUCCAUAAGAGUCUAGUAUUAAAUGUGUUACCUCUCUGUGCCUCCAUAUAAGCCUGAAACAAGAGUUAAAAUAGAGUAUUUUAUUUUUUAUGUUUCAGAAUUUAUGUGUAUUUUUAUGCUUAAGUUGCAACAUUCAGGCUUAUAUGAAUGUUAAAAGUAUUGUGCCUAAAAUAAUUUAAAAAUAUAAUAUAGUCAUGGAUUGCUAAAUGAGUGAAUUCUACAGUCUCUAUGUCUGGAUAGUGCUUAGUAGUAUUUAUUAUAUUUGCAGCUGAUAAAGUAACUGCAUCAGAUGCUUGUUUAAUAAAGUAUAUAUUUUAUGUUUUUUUUUAGGUAUCUGUCUUAGUUUUUUUUCUUCUUUUUGUCACUGAAUAUAUUUAUUCUGAAUAUAAAGCUAUUUAUGAAUAUGAAGCUAUUAUGAUAGAUAUCUGAGUUAUUUCCAGGUUGUUGUUUUUUAUCCCACCUUGCACAACCAUGCUGAUGUGUGGAUUGUUGACUUUAAUUUGCCCCUAAGUGUAAAUGAGUAUGUGAAUGGUGCAAUACUUUAUACUCUCAUCCCAUUUUCUCACCUCACCCUCAGUGUUCCUGGGAUCCAACAUGGCCCUGACCAGGAUAAAGCACUCACUGUAGUCUGAUAUUAUACAUUUAUGAUACUAUAAAUGAGUUCAUAUUCUUUUG